AUGAGAACUUCUUUGGUUGUAUUGGGCGCUGUGGCAUACGGCGAGGUUCAGUGUGACCGUCGUGUAGAGUUGAUGAUAUUACAGGACGCGACAACGUCUUUUACGGAGUCUAACUUGGAGAUGUCUACUAAGGCUAAGCAGAUUAUUGAAGAGUUGAAUUCGAAGAUAGAGGGUAGUGUGCUGGUGUCUAUGGCGCGAUUUGCAGACAAGCCGGUGCCAUUCCGUGGGAAUGGUUCUGGUCGUGGUACUUUGGACUUGAUAGACUACUGUUACGAUAACGUGGAUACGUUUGCCUUGAGUUCUGAUUACAAACACAUCGAGACCGGUUACCAGAACACGUAUUACAACUCUUAUGCGGAGGGAGGUGAUUACCCUGAGAACGUAUACGAAGGUAUGAUGUAUGCGGCUAUGGACCCUAAGGUUAACUGGUCCUCCCCUGAUAAGGUUUAUGACGAGGCGGGACAGCAUAUCAUUAGAGUAUUAUUAACCAUCACAGAUGACUUCCCGCACUAUUUCGGGGAAGUUGCUAGUGGCGUUGAAUCUUGGAACCCGGUUGAGGGGGAUUCCUACACCUUCUGGGGACAGGAUUUCGCCGCCAUGGGCGCUUUCUACAGAGGUAGCGAGGUCAACUAUCCCCGGCUUCUAGAGCUUAAGGCCAAAGUCAAUAAUAAAUCCAUUAAUGAACAGGAACAGAAGGAGUUUGAUGCUCUACUUAAACUUAUGGGUCCUGAUUACUUUCCCCCUGCACCAGAACAUCCAGGCAGCUUCCAAGUCUUCCAGAAUUGCCAAGACUACGAGUAUCCCAAACUCGAACAAGUAGGACACGUCCUUAACACCCGCAACAUCUUCCCCAUCAUGAUCCUCUCCGAUCAAAGCUUCACUGACAACGGCGCCAACCGUUGCCUAGAACGCGGAAUCGAACUACCCACAGACAAUGACCUCUGGGCCUCUUGCCUCGAACAAAUCUACAACAUUGACCUCAACGAUGCCGGACUCUCUAACUACCUCAUAACUCACUAUCAUACAGACGUCAAUGAACUCGUCGCUAACAUCGUCAACACCGUCCAAAAAAUGACAGAAGACAUCACCUGUCCUGACCCCACCACCACCACCACGGCUGGACCCACCACCACCACCACGCCUGGCACCACCACGCCUGGUGAUCUCACUACCACCACCACGCCUGGUGAUCUCACGACUACCACCACGCCUG